AUGGGCAACACUACCAGUACAGUGCUGGACAACAUCGUCCAGGGGUCCAACUUCGACAGAGAGGAGGUUGACCGUCUGAGGAAACGUUUCAUGAAGCUGGACAAGGACAAUUCCGGCACCAUCGAACGUGAUGAGUUCCUCAGCCUGCCCCAGAUCUCGUCUAACCCGCUAGCCACAAGAAUGAUUGCUAUCUUCGACGAGGAUGGUGGUGGAGACGUUGACUUCCAGGAAUUCGUAUCAGGCCUCAGCGCCUUUUCUAGCAAGGGCAAUAAGGAGCAAAAGCUGCGCUUUGCCUUCAAGGUUUACGAUAUCGACCGCGACGGCUACAUUAGCAACGGCGAGCUGUUCAUUGUGCUCAAGAUGAUGGUUGGAAGCAACCUCAAGGACCAGCAGCUGCAGCAGAUCGUCGACAAGACCAUCAUGGAGGCGGACUUGGACAAGGAUGGCAAGAUUAGCUUCGAGGAGUUUACCAAGAUGGUGGAGAAUACGGAUGUCAGCAUGAGCAUGACUUUGGACACAUUUUAG